UUUUUUGCAGUGCGCCCAUUGCUGAAGUCAUUCUCCGUCUCAUACAGCCGCAACCAAGGACAAGGAGAGAGCAUCAGCAGAGAGAGGGGAGAGAAGAGAGAGAAAGGUGCCUCCUCUCGCCAUAAUUGUCUCGCCGCUGAGUCGAUGUCGGUGCCGGAGCUGCUCUAACCGGAGGCGAUCCGAGCGGAGGGGAAUCGGAUUUUAACUUCACACACGGACAAACCUAUGUGUGGAUUUCGGCUCUUUUUCCCUUCGCCAAUGCAAAAGGAAAUAUGCAGCGAAGCUUCACCAUCCUCUACACCAGUUUACUGGGGAUGUGCUUGGGUUCGAGCUCAAGUUUUCCAAGUAACAUCAAUAUAGGAGGAUUGUUCCCGACCGAAUCGCACGAGUAUGAGGUUUUUCGGUUCGCCCUCUCGCACCACCAGGACAUCCCCAAACUGGUGCCGCAGGUGGAUAUGGUCAAAAUGGGGAAUAGCUUCUCCAUGACAUACGCCUUUUGCUCUCAGUUCUCUAAAGGAGUGUACGCCAUCAUCGGCCUGUACGACAGGAAGACCGUCAACAUGCUCAUGUCCUUCUGUGGCGCGCUGCACGUGUGCUUCGUCACGCCGUCCUUCCCCAUCGAGACCGCCAACCAGUUCGUCAUCCAGCUGAGGCCGGAGCUGCAGGACGCUCUGGUGGGAGUCAUCGAGCACUACAGUUGGAAGAAGUUCGUCUACAUGUACAGUUCUGACUCAGGUCUGUCGGUGCUGCAGAAGGUUCUGGACACAGCAGCGGAGAAGGACUGGCAGGUGACCUCAGUCAACGUGGAGACCAUGACUGAGGCCUCCUUCCUGAAGGUGUUCCAGGAUCUGGACAAGAAGAAGGAGGGCCAGAUUAUCAUCGACUGUGAGACUGAGAGGCUGACUGGAAUACUCAAAAAGAUCGUUGAACAAGGAAAGAAUGCAAAGAGCUACCACUACAUCCUGGCUAACCUGGGUUUCCUGGACAUCGACCUGACAGACCUGAGGAAGGGCGGCGCGAACAUCACCGGCUUCCAGCUCGUUAACAACUCGGAGCCGAGCGUGAGCCGCGUCGUCCAGCAGUGGAUCGAGUUUGACAACAAAGACUCCAAAGUGCCCCGGAGCGGACUCAAGUACACGGGCGCGCUGACUUACGACGGGGUGAAAGUCAUGUCCACGGCCUUCCAGAAUUUAAGGAGACAGAGGAUAGACAUCUCUCGCAGGGGCAACGCCGGAGAGUGUCUGGCCAACCCACCAGCUCCCUGGGGACAGGGCAUCGACAUCCAGAGAGCCUUGCAGCAGGUCCGUAUAGAUGGAUUGACUGGUCACAUUCAGUUCAACGAGAAGGGCCGCAGGACUAACUACACUGUCAGUAUCAUGGAGCUGGCGCCCUCUGGACCCAAGAAGGUUGGUUACUGGAACGAGGAUGAGAAAUACGUGGCCACGGCCAGUUUAAUGAGAGGGAACAACGACACCUACGGACUGCAGAACAGGACCUACAUCGUCACCACCAUCUUGGAAUCUCCGUACGUGAUGCUGAAGAAGAACCACGAGCAGCUCGUGGGGAACGACAAGUACGAGGGCUACAUCGUGGAGCUGGCUGCCGAGAUCGCCAAGCACGUCAGCUACCAGUACAAGCUGAAGAUCGUUUCAGACGGCAAGUACGGCGCCCGGGAUCAGGAGACCAAGAUGUGGAACGGCAUGGUCGGAGAGCUGGUGUACGGGAAAGCCGACCUGGCCGUGGCGCCGCUCACCAUCACCCUGGUUCGAGAGGAAGUCAUCGACUUCUCCAAGCCGUUCAUGUCCCUGGGCAUCUCCAUCAUGAUCAAGAAACCCACCAAAUCCAAACCCGGAGUGUUUUCCUUCCUGGACCCGCUGGCUUACGAGAUCUGGAUGUGCAUUGUUUUCGCCUACAUCGGCGUCAGCGUGGUCCUGUUCCUGGUCAGCCGCUUCAGCCCGUACGAGUGGCACGCCGAGGACUACGAGGAGGGGGCCGAGCCGCAGAGUCCCACCCAGGCGGCCGCCACCAACGGGGUGCAGCAGGGCCAGACGCCGGCGCAGCAGAACACCGCCCAGCCCAGCCCGGAGCAGACCAACGAGUUCGGCAUCUUUAAUUCUCUUUGGUUCUCUCUGGGCGCCUUCAUGCAGCAGGGCUGUGAUAUCUCACCACGCUCCCUGUCGGGCCGCAUUGUCGGAGGCGUGUGGUGGUUCUUCACUCUCAUCAUCAUCUCGUCCUAUACUGCCAACCUGGCCGCCUUCCUGACUGUGGAGAGGAUGGUGUCCCCUAUAGAGAGCGCCGAGGAUUUGGCCAAGCAGACGGAGAUCGCCUAUGGAACGCUGGACGCCGGCUCCACCAAAGAGUUCUUCAAGAGGUCGAAGAUCGCCGUGUUUGAGAAGAUGUGGUCCUACAUGAAGUCUGCGGACCCGUCCGUGUUCGUCCGGACGACGGACGAGGGCGUAAUGAGAGUCAGGAAGUCCAAGGGCAAGUAUGCCUACCUGCUGGAGUCCACGAUGAACGAGUACAUCGAACAGAGGAAGCCCUGUGACACUAUGAAGGUGGGGGGGAACCUGGACUCUAAAGGUUAUGGAAUUGCCACACCGAAGGGCUCCCACCUCAGAAUCCCAGUAAACCUAGCGGUGUUGAAACUCAAUGAGCAAGCCGUCUUAGACAAACUGAAAAACAAAUGGUGGUACGAUAAAGGGGAGUGUGGCAGCAAGGACUCCGGAAGAAAGGAUAAGACCAGCGCUCUGAGCCUCAGCAACGUGGCGGGCGUCUUCUACAUCCUGAUCGGCGGCCUGGGCCUGGCCAUGCUGGUGGCGCUGGUGGAGUUCUGCUACAAGUCCAGGACCGAGUCGCGCCGAAUGAAGCAAUCCAUCAACGACGCCAUGCGCUGCUCCACCCUGACCCGGAUGAGCGGCAACGGGAGCGGCGGAGAGAACGGACGAAUCCUCACCCACGACUUCCCCAAGACCGUUCAGACGCUGCCCUGCAUGAGCCACACCGCCAGUAUGGGACUGGGUGCCUCAGGCAUGUGACCGUCACGCUGAACCGUGCUGGCGGCGAGGGACAGGCAGGGUGGGGCAGAAGAAGAAGAGCACAGGACUCUGUUCACCUCCAAAACCAUGGCCGUCCGGUUUGACCCAUCGACUCUCCUGGCUGUCGACGAAAUAAAGACUUAACUUUACUGCCAAAAUGCACUCUCAAACCGCUCCUUAUGGACUACGAACAGAAACGUGCGACACUUUUUUUU